AUGUCUUCUGCCGCGGUAAUUGAGCGGCGUAACAAGCAGAUCCAGGAUGCCGUCGAAGGUGGAAACCUGAAGCAGGCGCUGCAGUUGUGCGAAAAACGCCUCAAGAAGGGAGAGAACACAGCCUUUCUCAAAGCCUGGAAAGCCAACAUCCUCUCUCACCAUGCGGACAGCGCCCAUCGAGAUCGCGGGGUUUCCGAGGCCCUCCAGCUCUGCAACUCCCACCCUACCAUCACUGAUAUCGACGCCCUGGACAUGUUACAGAAUACAUUAGGUGGGCUAGACGUGCACGCGGAAACUCUACGUACCGUUUGGCAGAAUGCGGCCAAGGCAAUGCCGCAAGACGAGGAUAUUCAAGCAAAAUGGUUUACCCUGGCAUCUGAGGCAGGAGACUGGAAGACUGCUCAAAAGGCUGCGAUGGGCCUGCAAAUUAAUUUCCCCAAGGUCAGAAAGUACUACUUCUGGGCUAUAUUCAUGUGCUAUCUUCUUGCCUCGGACCCAAAGAGCUUGCCAGCAGACAAACAAUUUUUUGGCACCUUAGCAUAUCGUAUGAUAUCAAAAGCUGCUGACAGCGUGCCUCGCGAUCCCAAAGAGUUACUGAGCCCGGCUAGAGCAAUCCAAACUCCCGAGGAGCUAUUUUUGCUCGUUAAGAUAUACACGCAGCAAGGGCGGUAUGGCGAUAUUGUUAAUCUGCUUAAUAGCGAGCAUCUUGGUGUGAAAUCGCGUAUUGCUCAGAAUGACUGGUCAUUAGUGACAACCAAGCUUGCCACCCUCGAGAAAGCAGGUCUAUGGGAGCAAGGGAUGAUUUUUGCAAAGGAGCUACUUGCUCUUCCUGAUACCCUUACCGACAGCAGAGGAUCUGAUUAUGAAGAGAAGGACGAUUGGCAAGUCUGGAAAUUACUUCUCACUUCGGCGGAAAAGCUUCAAAGGAAAAAGGAGGUACGAGAUUUUAUUGACGCCUAUAUCUCGAAACGGCCGAAAUCUCGAAAUGCACAGUUAGCCUGUCUGGAUCUAAUAUCGCAUGAAAUUUUGGGAAAUAAAGCAACGCCCGCCAAUCUCUUGGCCGGAUGUAAAGCCUAUUUUGACCGCAACAAGAAUAAGCUAUAUUGUUUUCAUGAUAUACGGUCCUACUUAGGCAAACUAGACGAAUCUCUCCAAAAGGACUUUCACACCUACGUACUACAACAUGUUUGUAUAAAGGACGCUAGCGACGACCUCUCAGGGGUAUCGGAUGAUCCAUUCCAGUGUGCGCACGCAAUUAAUGCCUUGAAGCUUGAAUUUUGCUUCCAGCUCUCGUUUGAUUCAAGCACGCAGACUGACGAUUUUGCUUGCCGCUGUUUUCAGUGGUUUCGGGCUUGUGGGCAUCACAAUAUUGCGCCUGAAGCAUCCUCGACGCUUGAAACCAAACCUACCGAUGAUUUUUACCUUUUGGCGUCCAUGAGCUUAAUCCAUCCUGGUGGCGAUAAUCCUGUGCAGCUUUGCUUUCGUCCCACCGCGAGACUGAUACAGGCUGCUGGGAUUAUCGAACACCUUCUUCUCAAGUCCCCACAUAAUUAUGAAGCUCUUCUACUUUUAGUCCGGAUAUAUUUACUCCUUGGAGCCGGCUCACUGGCCCUCAAGACAUUUUCUCAGCUCUCUGUCAAACAGUUCCAAUAUGAGACUGUCGCUCAUAAUCUGUUCACGCGCAUCUCUACCGUUCACCCCCAAGCAGCACCUCCGUUUGAGAGCCUAGAGAGGAAAGACUUUGACCCGCAAACUGGACUGCGACAAGCCUUGGUUUUUUAUCGAAAUGCUAUUGGAUCUAUAACAUAUGCACGUGCCACAGGACUUGAUCAUGGCAGCUAUAUGAAUGUUGCCGGAAGCAUUGAUUUGCAAAAUGACUUAAAAUAUAGCAUUUGUAGAAAAAUUUGGGCGCUGGAAGUACGGAAAAUCCAGCGCCUAGUGGGUGGUCCUUCAGUUCAGCAGUACGAUUCGCUUGUGUCUGAAGCCGCUGCUAUUGUCGAUAAGCGCAACUCAAAUGGAUUUCUGAAUUGUGAACGCCCUGGACAUCCUAUGUUUGAAACACAUCUCCGGCUUGGACCCUUACCUAAGGAGCGAGCUGUAAAGGCAAUGGUGGUAACUGAUGUGUUGCUCAACUAUCUAUUCACCGAUUCAUCCUUGCGAGGGAAGCUGAUAGACCGAAUCGCCAAUCUAGCUUGUGCUGAGCUUGAUCUCACUGACACGGAGCUUACCCAUAUUGAGAUCGAAAAUAUUAAAAUCCACCACCUUUUAUUGAAAUUGGUUUCUUCCAUUGCCCAUAAAUCCUCAGCAUCAAACGAAGGCUCAGAGGGCAUGAUCUAUUCUCAGAUCGAAUCUUGGGCUCAACACAAAGCGGAGGCCUUGACUUCAUCUUCCCUCAUUGAUCUUGAAGGCGUAUUGAACUUAACUCCGAGUACCCCUUCUGCAUCAUCUCCUGUUCCGUCUUGGCUAUACAUACACGCAAACAUCUCGCUUCUCGAAACACUCAAGGCUAUAUCUCUUCUCGUUUCGUCACUUACGUCCCAAAAUCCAGACAGCAUGGCAUUACGCCACGUUUCGAAGGACAGACUUGAUGCUCUAAAGCUGACAGUUAAGGAUAUAGCUGAUAUAGUAAGAACCAAUACCCGUAUUCUAAAGCGUUGUAUUGCCGAGCCUGGAGUGCUGGGACAAUUGGUCUCGGUAGUAACCACUGGCCCACUCGGAGUCGCUAGUGAAUGUUCGAUAGAGAUUGGAAAGUUGAUUGAUACACCAUCACUGGAGUUGUUCUGUGGGUCUCUCAUGGAGAGCUGGGACGAAGCCUUAGAUGGGGUGGUGUCGAUUUGCUCGAACGUUUAG